AUGCACUUCAAAUUCACUCUUGUCAAGUGCCUGGCCACUCUUGCCUCCCUGGCCACUGCCAGCCCACUCUUUACCCACAUUCACCCUGUCGACCAUCCCAAGGGCCUCUUCGCCCACAAGCUCAUCGACACCCAGGUUCACCCUUCCGUCCCCGUCCAAGUCAUCUGGCACAACACUGCCAGCAAUGGCACCGCCACCAUCAUCGGCGGCCUCGGUGUCGACACCAAUAACAAGAACCUCACCUAUCCCAACACCAACGGCAGCAGCAGCAUCACCGCCUGCGGCCACAACGUCAGUUACGACGACGUCUCGCCUUCCCGCACCACCAUCAUCCGCGAGGACUGCCUGUCUCUUGUCCACCAACUAAACGCCGUGCCGGGCUUCUGGGAGCUGAGCCGCUGGCGCGAGGAGGACAAUGACAGCAGCAGCAACUUCACAAGCCUUGCCAGCAAUGGCACCUGCGAGUUUGCCGUCCAGCGCUUGGGCGGUAGAGGUGUUGGACUCCAGUUGGAUAAUACCACUAUGUCCCACAACACUAGCGAUAUUGUCAUAAUCGGCAACCAGGACGUCGUCAAUGUCCUUAACGCGAGCGUCUACGACCUCGCCGCUGGCGCCGACGAGCCUUAUAUGGAUCGCAUGCGCGCUCAGGGUCACAUGGAUUGCAAGUGGUCCUUCUCGGUCAACGCCACGAUGGAAUUUCGAAUCCAGCUUGCUACUAGCCAGUGA